AUGGGAGGAGGUAAUGGCGCAAAAGCAGCUUCCAAGCGUGCACGCAAUCAAAAAGAUGCUGAGAAGGGUGUCGCAAAGUCGCAACUGAAGGUCAACGAGUCAGCAAAGGAUAUUCAAUGCGAGGUUUGCAAGACCACUUUCUUGAAGACCACUAGACUUCCUGCUCUCACUGAACACGCCAUGAACAAACACUCAAAAGGACCGGAACUCUGCUUCCCAUCGUUUAUGGCUCAGCAGGCUGCAUUAGUUGGCAAGAAAUAA